AUGACUCAUGAUGAAGAGGAGCUGCGGUCGCUUCACACUAUCAGCUUCAUCAAGUCACAUCCUGGUUCAGUCCCACACUCUGCAGCCGCCGCCAGCUCACCGCCUUACUGUGCAGUGGUACCCCCUCCCCCUGGCCUCACCUCUGCCUCACCUCUGCUUCCCACACCCUGGACUCCCCUCUACCCCCCGUCCGCCUCACUCCCCCUGGUCUCACCUCUGCCUCACCUCCGCAUCCCUCCCCUUGGCCUCAUCUCUGCCUCACUCCCCCUGGCCUCCCCUCUAUCUCCCCCUGGCCUCACCUCUGCCUCCCGCGUGAGCUGGGUCAGGCCACAUUCACACCUCCUGCGUGUCGAGGUGAUGGUUAAGGUCGAAGCGUGUGCAGAGACUGACAGUUUCUGCAGCAUUCCUCGCCACAUCCUCGUGAGAAAAGGGCCAUUGUGCUGGGGGAGAGCGGAGGCGGAUAUAAAGCUGAGGAGCUGGGACCGGCCCACUCUACGCAGGCUGAGUCAUCAGACGGGACGGUUCUGGCCAACGCUGCACCAUGAGAACACGCCGUCUCCAGCGGGUGAAAUGCGUCGCCAUGGUUUCACUCCCACACUUCACAUCAUCGAGAGGCUCCGGAGGGGAGGGGGCCCGGCCUUCAAUGCUGCCCACCGCCGCGGCACCGGAGCUCAGCCAAUCUAUCACGCCUCUUCAAAGUCACUCGACAACCAGAACAGCGGCAUUUGUGCGGGGAAUUGUUUUCUGACCUCAGCAAUAAGAGGGUAA